CCUUCUGGACUCGUCCCUGGCCUCGCCGUGCUACCUUCUCAGACUCUCAACGCGUCCCGCGCCCUUCAGGGCGCCCGACUCUAGGGCUCGCGCAGGGGCUCAGCCACCCCUCCUCGGCAGGCCCGGGGCAAGGGGAGUCUGGAGCGGGGAAGCUAGGUCCCGCGCGCCCGCCGGGAACACGCGGAGCCCAGAACGCGCACACAGCGCGCGGCUCCCGCGGCCGCCCACCGGAGUUGCGAAGUCGGAGCGCGGGACCCCGUCGCCCCCAGCGUGGCGUCCCCGGACCAGGCCCGCCGCCCAGGGCCCCGGCCGGGCGGCCGCGGCAGCCCGGACUCCGGCGCCCAUAUGCGCCGCCCCGCCGCCGCCGCCGCCGCGCCACAGCUAUGACCCUGAGCGCGGAGAUGUCCGAUGCCUCCGGCCUCGCCGAGGAGACAGACAUCGACGUGGUGGGGGAGGGCGAGGACGACGACGACGAGGAGGAGGACGACGACGAGGGCGGCGGCGGGGCCCGGCUGGCUGUGCCUACACCGCAGCGGCGGCGGCGGCGGCGGCGCUCGUACGCCGGGGAGGACGAGCUAGAGGACCUGGAGGAGGAGGAGGACGACGAUGACAUCCUGCUGACCCCGCGGGCGGGAGGCUCCCCGACGCCCCCGGGGCCCGCGCCCCCAGCUGGGGCGACCUCGGGCGGCGGGAGUGGCGGCGGCGCGGGAGCGGGCGCGGGAGGCGUCGCGGGCGCGGGCGGCGGCGCCAAGAACCCGCUGGUGAAGCCGCCGUACUCUUACAUCGCGCUCAUCACCAUGGCCAUCCUGCAGAGCCCCAAGAAGCGCCUGACGCUGAGCGAGAUCUGCGAGUUCAUCAGCGGCCGCUUCCCCUACUACCGCGAGAAGUUCCCCGCCUGGCAGAACAGCAUCCGCCACAACCUCUCGCUCAACGACUGCUUCGUCAAGAUCCCCCGCGAGCCGGGCAACCCGGGCAAGGGCAACUACUGGACGCUCGACCCCGAGUCCGCCGAUAUGUUCGACAACGGCAGCUUCCUGCGCCGGAGGAAGCGCUUCAAGCGGCAGCCGCUGCUCCCGCCCAACGCCGCGGCCGCAGAGUCGCUGCUGCUGCAUGGCGCGGGGGCCGCCGCAGACCCCGCCGCCGCCGCGCUCUUCCCGCCCGCGCCGCCGCCCCCGCACGCCGCCUACGGCUGCGGCCCCUAUGGCUGCGGCUACGGCCUGCAGCUGCAGCCCUACGCGCCUCCGUCGGCGCUCUUCGCGGCCGCCGCGGCCGCCGCCGCCUUCCACGCUUUGAUGUUUUGCGCGCUCCUCCUGGGCCCUCGUGACCUCACGCGCCGAUUUUCGCCUCUGCGGAUUCGCGGACGAGACGAGACUGUUCGGCCAGAGCUCGGCGCGCCUCUCGGCCCAGAGGGACCCUUUAUUUAUGCAAAGUCGCCCUGUGCAGCAGCCCGACCCGGGGUGAGGAAGAGGGUGCUGGUGGGGAUUCUCCCUGUCUAG